AUAAAUAAUUUCUAUCCAUGGACAUUAUUAAUACAAUCACACUAGUUCAAACAUGUGGUUAAAAUGUGUUAGAUGUUUAUCUUAUUGGAUAUUGUAACUGCGUAAAUGGCUUGAAUAAUGUUGUUAUUGUAACCAUAUCGCUCGCGAUAGCAUGGCAGCGGCGAAUGCCGAGUCCGAGCGGGCUCGCUUGUACAAAUUCGCCAAAAUAUUAACUCUGAAAGUGGCCCAAAUCGUCGUGCAAAGUAGAGAUGGCAAAAAGAUCGCUCACGAGGGUUCUAACAUGAAACCUUUGGACAACAGCGCCUUAUCAACAUCCCCUAGCAACUUACAAUGGUUUAACCUAUCGAUCCCCGACGAACCCGAAGUGACCUACGACACGAAGCGAAUACUCAAUGGCGAAGUGGUCACCGCUCUCACCAAUAUCUUGUGUAUUGAGAUAUCACUCAAAACCAUAGACGGCGAUGAGAUGGUGCUAGAGUUGUGGACAGUGAAACUAGCCCCCUGCAUCGAAGCCCCGCUGACAUCCGUCUCCACGAUCUACUACAGAAUGAGCGUGAUGCUGAAAUCGACGCUGAGCAUCUCGAGAAUAACCCCCGCUUACAAGAUGUCCAGAGCACAGAACAAGGAGACCUACAAGAUAUACCACAAGAUCUACGGUGGACAGCCUAAUGUGGAUCUGUUAGGCGGCAACCACAAAGAGAUCAAAGUGAGCGAGCUCCACACGCCGAUAGGCACCAUCCUCAUCGAGGUCCGGUACCGUACAAAGAUGACCAUCCUGCCCGAGGACCGACUCAAGCCGGCGGACAUCCUCAACAGCAAUGGGGGCAUUAUGGUGAAGAGUGAUCACUUCCCUACGGAACCCAAACGCGACAACGAGAGGAAAGGCAUCGACCUGAACAAGCCCCUGACCGCGGGCGCGUUCGUGGACGCCGACAAGAUGCGCGAGCUGCACGCCAUGCUGCACCAGCAGCUGCCGCCGGAGCCCGUCGGCUGGCUGCUGGAGCCCGACACGAAAUUAAAACUAUUGGCAGACGCACAGAAGUUGAAAGAAAGGAAAAAAGAGUUUGAAGGGAGAGAAGACGAGGCUCAGUGCAGCACGAGCAAAGCGAUAGAAGUGCCGCGGGCCCGGGACGGCGAGCGCUACAACAGUCUCAUGGACUUCCCAUUCGCUGACGGCAGUCCAAUAACGGAGCUGGCGAACUUCUACCAGGAGUGUGUCCACCUCCGCUCGUGCAGCGACGAGCUGGACGUCCUGGCGGAGCCCGCGGACGCGGCCGACCUGAGCACGCAGCUCAAGAUGUUCGAGGAGGCCGUGCCCGAGUUCGACAACAUGGUGGCCUCCAUGUUCAGCGAAGACGGCGGGGACUACUGAACGUGCCAGUUCAUUUGGGAUGCGACGUGCGUCAGUACUUUCGCUCCGUCGCAUCUUACAAGGAAAGGUACCCAACUGUCCGGUUCCGAUUUGAUUUAUAUUUAUAUAUGUUAUAGAUCAGUCUAAAAUAACGGACACGUAUUUUUUUUUAGCUGCCCAAACUCAACCUAUUGGAAGAAAUUGUCCUCCAAAGUACUAAAAAGUUACUAAAUCUUCUAACUCCUAUAGAAAGUGAUGCUCAAGCAACUUGCUAGUUAAUGGCAUGUUUGAGUAUAUGUUUGAGAACAGGAAAAAAUAAUGUACACGUGUUUUGUUAUAUCUGCUUAAACUCAAGUUUUCCUAAAAAAACACCCGUCUUUAUGUGUAACUUUAGCGAUAAGAUAUGAUAAAACUUCGAAUGUCGUUUUUUUUAGGAAAAAAUGAGUUUUAGCCGAUAUAACAAAACACGUGCAAAAGGAAUCGUAGCGUUGGUCAUUUAUACAACGGAGUAAUUGGUUCAACCAUUGAUUGCUUGUCAACGUACGAAACUUUUCGUAACAAAAUUAAACUCAAGCGUCAAGCAGUAAAGUCGAUAUUUAAUGAAAAACAACGAUUUAGUGAAAUAGGUAAUACUCCCAGCAAGGACUGAAACGUAACUUUGUACAUAUACGCUGUCUUUAUUAGGUAGUCUCUACAAACUCUUUAAAAGCAGUCCUUUAAAUGUAAAGGUUAAAUAAACAGAUAUUUAACCCUUUGAACGCCAGAUGGGUAUCGUGCGCGGAGCGUCAGCGUGGACCUUGUCGGAAUGCACGAAGGUUCAUACAAGGGCUAAUCCGAAAGUUGUUAGUUGCUCCGGCUCUACCCAUGCGAUUAAAAUGUUAUUUAUAUUAUUGUGAGGGAUUUUUCAGUGCUUAUUAAAGUGGUGUAAAUACAUUUUUAGAAAACGCUUGUUUUUGUUUUUAUUUUAUUUUUACUUCGAUGCGUCGAAGCCUAACCAUCAGUCACGAAAAUCAGUAAUUGAGACUCCAUAUGUGCUGUCAUUUUAUACAUAGUUUUUGUAAAAAAAAAAAAACAAAAGGUUUUUAGGUGCUACCUACUAAUGACGAAUCCGGCCGUUCUUUUACGUAUAAAUCGUUUUGAUUGAGUAAAUAUUAUUAUGAUUUAAUAGGUGUCAACAAUGAGUCCUUCCAUUAAAAGUAAAAAUUUCUGAUAUUUAAAAAAAUACAUAUAUGCAUAUAAGAUUAUUUAUUGACUUAUACAUUAGAAAUAGCAGAAGGAAGAUAAUAAUUAGACCCGGGUAAAUUUAAGAUCGAUUUUCAAAGUUUUCAAUACGAAAUUCAUUUAAUUGUGCCCAAAAUUGCCGUUUUUUCUAAGCAAUUCGUAACUCCAUACAAAACAGCUUUCAGUUAAAAAUAUAUAAUAUAAAAACUAUUUGCAUUAAUUAAAAAAAAAAGAUGGCCAUAAGUAGCAUUGAAAUAUCCCUCACAAUAGUAUAAAUAUUUUUUUUAUCGCAUGAGUAGAGCCGGAGCAACUAACAACUUUUGGAUCAGCCUUGGGCCGCGUCAGUUGGUCAAACGGUUAAAAUGGUAAACAUAUGUAAGUAUAUGUUCACGAUGCACUGAAGCGAAUAAUAAAAUAUUAAUUAUAUUUACUAGCCAAUCUGUUACUUUUAUAAAAUCCGACAUCUCAGUAAUAAAUUGUUAAUAAAAUACUAGCUUUAUUUAAGUGGGUAUGUUAUUUAGUGAGUUUAGAUUGUCAGCCAUGCCAGCCGUGGUGAAGCGUCCAUAACUCUCUCUUCAUCUCCCAGCAGCUUUUCACGGGCCUGGCCAAGACGAGGGACUGCCUGGCUUUACUCAAAGCGUCUUAUUAUAUUAUACACUGAGAUACAACGUGCUCACGGGGAACCCGAAAGAUUCUAACCAUGGAUUAAGGUAACAAAGGAGGAUACAAUAAAAAAAUUAUACGAGUUUAGGUUAUUUCGUCUGAAAAAAAAAAUUGUCUUAAUCCUCGCGUUGUCCCACCAUUUUGCCACGGCUUAUGGGAGCCUGGGAUACGUUCGACAACUAAUCUCCAGAAUUGGCGUAGGCACUAGUUUUGAAAAAAAAAGUGUUCUUUUUUUGUAAAUGUAAUUUGUAGAUAAAAAGUAAAUUUUAUUGGUAAAACUAAUCACUUCAAAUGAAUUUGUACUUUUUUCUUCGUAAAAUCUAGUUGCUUGUCACUUUCUGAUACCUGUCAAUAAGGAUAUUUGGACUAGGCCCCAUAGUGGCAAAAUUGCCAUCAAAAAGGCGUUUUGCACUAACAAUAUGUUUUUUUUUUUAGUUUUAGUACUAUUGUUAGUACCAAUGGCCCCGCUUGGGAUACGGACCAAUAUAACAUGUUUCAUUAAUCGGCAUUAAGUCGCCUCGUUAGCAAAGUUUAUAAGAUAUUUUAGUCUUUAAAUAUGAUCAGAAAUACAUUAUUAGAAUCUUUGGGGUUCCUCGUGAGCAUAUUGUAUAUGUCAUAUAAGAAAAAGUGACUCAUUCGUUGUAUUUACGAAUCCUCGAAAGUUUCGGUGGGCAUAAAACUAGGUAAUACAUUUUUUGGGAUAGGUAUGUUUGGGGAGUCAAACUCACUAGUUAUUACACCACCGAUAUUGUUUGUACAAUGUUUGUACUUAGCUCAAAGUUGUGUUGAAAUCCCAGCUUUUAUGAAUAAUGCGCCUUGGUAUUAUGCUGACGAUUGUAGGUAUUUAUUUUGUUGCACUGAUUAUACUCUUAUCCCCUUAUUCAUAAACGUGUACUAAAGUUACGAUGCCGCUGAUCAUCGUUUGUCCCGUUCCGACAAGAACAAAGGGACAAACGCUGAUCAGCGGCAUCGUAACUUUAGUACACGUUUAUGAAUAAGGGGGUUCGAAGACACAAGUCAAAAAUAUUAAAUAUGCUCAUUGAUACUUUAUUUUAAAUGAUUGUAAAUUAUAUUAAUAAUGCAUUAAAUAACAAAUUAUUUAUUACGUUAAAUUUAUAAAGGUCUAUAAAGUAUUAUAGACCUCAUAUUCUAAUGUCUGAUUUUGUGUCUCCCAAAUUGAUACUCAUAUCUCAUCGAGUUGAGAGUUGCGAAAUUUUUUUUUAAUAUACAUAUUGGCCUUUCAUAUUUUCGGUGUAUUGUGCUCUUCCUUCUAUUCAAUUUGGUUAGAAUUUUAUAUUUGUUUUAUGAGUCUUCUGUAAAUGAAUGGGCAAUAUUACAUUACAUUGAUAUAUUUAUAUGUAUAAUGUAAAAAAUAGAGUUUAGGAUGUUAUUUUUCGUUCUAAAUGACAAAAAAUUUUUUUUGCGUGUUCACAAAAUAAUAAAAACCUUAUUUUUUUUUACGUUUAUUAUGGUUUGCCAACCGCCACUGCGCCUGGUUGUGUACAAACGUGCUUUCUCUAUGGCCUUAAAUUAUCUAUAUAGUAUAAGUGCUGUUAAAUAUGCAUAUUAUAUGUAGCCAAAGCGAAUUGUUUGUAUUAGAGAGGUAAAGUCUAAGAAAAAACCGUGCCCUUUAGUUUGACAUCCAAAACAGAUGGCGUUGUACUGCGCCGCAUUUUUUGCUAUGGAAGGUAGCGGCAAGGAACAGAAUCUCCAUAUACCAAAAAGUGUCCGACAAAAAACCAUAAAUAGGUUACAAUACCUAGAAUACUUCAGAAUAAAAUCUAAUCAUAGACAGCGCACUUCACUCCGUCAAUAACGCCUAGGUUCUUAGCUACUCUAGCGCUACUCUGGAGAGAUUUGGAACUAUUAUUUAUAGCUGACAGCUGGACACUUUUGCAACAGUUCUGCCUAAGGAGAUUCUGUUACUUGCCUCUACCUUCCAUAUUUUUUGCGGUCACUGAAUUGUCAAACAAUACAGCGCCAUCUCGUUUACCGGCCAAAUUCGAAGCACGAAAUUUUCUUAGAUUUUACGCGUCUUACUAAAUCAUCAUCUUUGAUGUAGCUCACGACAGCGAAAUAGUCAUAGUUGUGUGUGUGUAAACUCUAUUUCGGCCGAUUUUUUUUGUCUGAUUUCUAUUUUUUUUUGUGAAUUGAUAAUGAAUGAAUGAAUAAUUUUAUUUCAUUUUUUUAGCUAUGGAGCCGUAUUAGAAAGAUGUGUACACGAAUUGUAUUUAAGAUUUAUAUAGUUUGACAAUUGGUGUCCAAUAGAAGCGGUGAAUAAUGUAAAUGUGUGUGUGAGUUUGCGUCGGCCCCGCAUGCGUGCUCCAGUUAAAGCUCUACUUUAUGGAGCGAAACUUUAUGCUGGACGUCGAGCAAAUACACUAGCACUUGAGAAUACUUGAGUGACAGGUUUUAACAUGACUGUGUCUCACGGAAGUUUUAUUUUUAAAAUGUAAAAAAAAUCUCACAUUUCGUGUUACAUUAUUACAUUUUUGGCCACUUCUACAAAAUGCCAUGUGACAAAAAGGACCCUUAUAAUUUCCGACAAUUCAAUAACAUAUCAUUAAUGCAUGGUUGAUAAAAAAAUAAGUUUUUUUUUUUUUUUGUAUCUGUGUAUUUUUAUAAAUGGUGAAAUAACAACCUAUUGUUUUAAAAAUAUGACUUUGUAACUAACAGUACUAUGUUUAUUUAAAGAUGUUUUAAUGUUGUCCUAAAUAAAGGACUUCGGGCUUUAGAAGGCUAUUACUAUUACAUAUUCAAUGAUUCCGGACUAGUCUUAUAUUUAUUAUGUUCAGAAUGCAAGUCAAUUGACAAUUAGAAAUACCUUUGUUUUUUGAAGUCGACGAAACGGCCACUCAAGGUCCUUUUUACCUACUAAAGUAAGAACGCUAAGCAUAAAGACUUCCGUACUCUGACUCGCCUGUUCCCAUCUCUAUCGCACACGGAUCCGACGACGCCGGCGGUCAAUGCCACUGUGCGAGCGGGACAGAAAUAUAAUUAUGCGCAUCCUACAGUUAGAAACAGGCGGGUCAACUACGAAAUUCUCCGUGCUUGAACAGAAACACACUGAACUGGCUAUCGAGAGACCUUAUCUCAUUGUAAUAAGGUUCACGAAAUGUCAGCUAUAGUUGAGUCAAACACUCGCUGCACGCGAAUACGUAGUGUGCUCUCUGUCACACCUACCUGCGGUGGGCGGCAUCCUGUCUCUUUUUUACUUGCUUCGCGUGCAGCGUUUUAACUCAACUAUAACAGUGCGUAAUAUGGUACUGUCACAUCCUCUAUCCCAUUGACAUAUAUCUAUGGACGGGCCUUACGGGCAAUAAGAUUGGGGCCAAUACAGCGGGGUCACGCACACGAAUUUGACGAGUUCGCAUCACGCGCGCGAUUGGACGCAACUAGUUGAGUUAGGCUGCAUGAUUGGCUAGAAUCCGUGAGUGACACCACUGAACUAGCACGAUUCUUAGUGCCCGUAGGGCCCGUCCUUAGAUAUAUAUCAAUGAUCUAGCCUAAUAAAGUUAGCAACUAUUUGAUAGAAUGGAAAUGAUAGCAAGAAAUUUGUAUGGAAGUUUUUAUAUGUGGGGUAGGAGAUAUUUAAUCAUGUUUUGGGUAAAAGUAUUUAAUGAGUUUUGCACUUUCAUUCUUGAAAGUCGCCGCUUACAAUAGUCGCUAUAAUCAUUUACUUUUCCUGUAGUUUAAUAAAGGAAAAUAAUUAGAAAUCAGCAUUUGGACGUUUUCAGAAAGUUUUUCGAACUUUAAAACUAAAUUUAAAAAAAAGCUGCGAACUCCUUGAUGCUGUCCGUCAAUAUUGACAACUUUGCACCAAAAUUUCAAAAUAAUAUCGAAUUGCUCACUAUUGCAUGAACACCAUCUGAACUUGGUCAUGUACAUAUAUUAAAGUAAAAAAAACAUGGCCUAGUAUAAGCAGUGUACAACGAUUUAAACCGUGUAGUCCAAUUUCUUUUUAACUAACUUUUUGAGUGUUUUAAUAAUAAUAAUAGUUGUCGCUCAGUUCCCUCGAGAGUUAAAAUUACGCAUAUUUAGAAGCUAUUUUCAUAUUUUUAGCUUCUGUGCAUUAAUUUAAGCGCUUACCUUGUGACAAAUUGUAGAAGUUGCCUUUUUUCGCCCCUGGGCAACCUAGAUAUGUGCACCGGCGAACGAGCUCCCGCGCACCGAAGGGAAAGAUACAAGCUUAUGUUUAACAACGAGUAUGAUAUAGAUGAUUGGAAUGCGAAUAUUUAUCAAAAAUAAGUAUUUUUUGUGCUCCUCAUGUAUGAGUAUAACCUAUCUAUAGUUAUAUAAUAUUGGUGUCCAUGGGCGACGGUGAAUGCUUACCCUCAGGCAAUUUGUCUGCCCGUUUGCCUCCUAUAUCAUUCGCGUGCUUGAUAUUUUUCAGUGACUUCUAUUAUUAUAAUAAAAUAUGGGUGACAGCUGGUAACUACAGCUACCAGAAGCAUGUGAGAGGAUAAAAUAAUACUUGUUGAACUUGUUGAAAAGGCAAAGUGGUCAGUUUUGACGGUACACGACGACAUGAGCAUGACGUGUUAGGCUUUAUCUCGUAAGGCCCAAGGUCCUACCUAUAGGACUUAUUCAGUUCGAUGAAAUUUAAAUCAUAUUCAAUUGGAACAGAGUUGCUUUUGUUAUGUUCAAUUUUGAAAGAAAAUAAAAUCAACUGUAUUCCACGCACUGUUUCAAUUUCAGUGGCAAUAUUUUUUUAUUUGUAUGGCUUGGCCUUGAGAGGUUGAAAGGUAAGUUGGCCAUAAUGUUGUUCGCACGUUGCUGCUUCGAGUUACAAUUAUUGUGAAUCGAUAUAUAUGACGAUAGAUGAACCGAUUUGUAGAAAUGCAAAAUGUCAAUCAUUUAUUUAUUUACAUAAGAUAAAUUGAUAUAAUUUGUAUCGAA